AUGGAUUUGGAUAAAGAUUUUGAUCAACAUUUAUUACAACAAUUUAGUUGUAUGGGUACAACUGAUAAAGAUGAUUUGGUUAAACAACUUCAAAAGUUGUUAGCAGGUAGUCAAUUAAACGAAGCAACUGCUACUUUUUUUCUGGAUAUGAAUAAUUGGAAUUUACAAGCGGCAAUUUGCAGUUAUUUUGAUUUUGAGUCACCUUUUAAACUUCCUAGUAUGACUUUAGUAUGUGACUGUACAAUCGGUGAAGGUGAGUCAGUAUCGCCUAAUACUAAAUUCCAAAAGUCAUGGAGAGUGCAAAAUGCUGGCAAUGAAUCAUGGCCAGAAGGAAUUUCUCUUCAAUACACUGGAGGUAUUGUUAUGGGGGAUUGUACACGAAUCGAGGUACCACCACUAGGUCCAAAGGAAAUUACUGAACUUACAGUUACUUUAACCAGUCCAAAUGAAUUAGGGGUUUUUCAAAGUAAAUGGAGAAUGAUGACAGUUACUGGAUCUUAUUUUGGAGAUAUCAUUUGGGUAAUUAUUUCUGUUAGUGAAUCUGGAACUCUGGCAGUUACACAACAACUUCAUCAAUUAUCAACUUCGCAAUCUAAUGAUGUUCAAAUGUCUUAG